AUGACAAGCCUGGCCUUUGAGACCUUCAUUGUUAUCCUUGCCUCACGAAGACACAGGGAAACUGCAGGCCUAGUCUCCCUGUGUACACUAACUCUGAUGGCUUAUGAGCGCUACCACAUAAUAUGCAAGCCCAUGGGUGCCUUCAAGAUAACACUGCGACGCAAUGCUAAGGGUCUGCUUCUAGUCUGGUUCUACUGUCUGUUCUGGGCCACAGCACCCCUGCUAGGCUGGGGCUCUUAUGGCCCUGAAGGAGUCCAGACCUCAUGCUCUCUGGCCUGGGAGGAGCGCACCUGGGUCAGCUACAGUUUUCUGAUCCCAUAUUGGUUCUUCUGCUUCUUUCUGCCCACAUGGCUGAUCAUCUUCUGCUACUACAACAUACUGAACUCCAUUAGAAGGCUGAACCAGAGUGUAGAGAAUCAGGGAGGCAGGUCACGGCAAAAAGAGGACAGACACGCAAUGUGCAUGGUAGCUGCCAUGAUUGGUUCCUUCUUCUUCUGUUGGCUGCCAUAUGCUAUUGUAUCGAUGCUAGUAGUCCUUGUACCCGAUAUCUCCAUAUCCCCACUCCUUGCUUCCAUGCCUGCCCACUUGGCUAAGACCAGCCCUGCAUACAACCCCAUCAUCUUCUUCCUGGCCAAAAAAAAGUUCCGGGACAUGGCCUUGGAGAUUAUAUCAUGUGGCUGCUACAAACCCACGUUGCCCAUAUCAACCAAUCCCACAGAGGUGGAAAUAGUGGAGACUGGCUCCAAACGUCUGAGUCCCAACACCAUUCAGCCUGAACCUGCACUGACCGACUGA